UAAAAGGGGAGCCUGCGGCGAUAGUGGUCCCAUUCUCGGUGUUCCCUCCGUCAGUGUCACUCCUGCAGGCAGGUCCUCCUCCUCCUCCUCCUCCCAGCCUUCGACCCGCGCAAGUCCUCCUAUACCGCCAGCAGCAUGAGUAUGGCCCCCGGGGUAUCCUUGGUGGUGGUGGUGGUGGUGGUAGGCCUAGCCACCAGCCUCGUCACGCCUGACACUGACCACCAAUACAGUAGGCCUACACUCCACCUCCUCACACCUGACAGUGGCCACGACUACAGUAGGCCUACAGUCCUGCGUGAGCUGGACCAGCUGGUGAUCCCUCUGUCUACUCUGGUGGGAGCACCUCCCACGGUUCGCCCAGGCAACGAAAAGAGAGCUGUUCGCAGGUUCCGAACCACUUCCAGCUCGGAGGUGUACCAAGUGUGUACACCUAGUCGUCACGAGGUAAUUCUCCUGCUGGUGGCGCUGCACGAGGCUCGCCAGGGGCGCAAUAUGAACAAGAUCAUAAGACUCUGCAAUAGACAGACCAACGCUGCGGACAUCGAUACCAACAUCAGAUUCCUGGGAUAAAAGAAUGCCCCGGGACCUCAGGACACCAACACCACAUUCCUGGGAUAAAAGAAUGCCCCGGGACAUCAGGACAUCUACACCAACAUCGCAUUCCUGGGAUAAAAGAAUACCCCGAGACAUCAGGACAUCAACACCACAUUCCUGGGAUAAAAGAAUACCCCGAGACAUCAGGACAUCAACACCACAUUCCUGGGAUAAAAGAAUACCCCGAGACAUCAGGACAUCAACACCACAUUCCUGGGAUAAAAGAAUGUCCCGAGACAUCAGGACAUCAACACCACAUUCCUGGGAUAAAAGAAUACCCCGAGACAUCAGGACAUCAACACCACAUUCCUGAGAUAAAAGAAUAUCCCGGGACAUCAGGACAUCAACACCACAUUCCUGGGAUAAAAGGAUAUCCCGGGACAUCUAAACCAAAAGACAACAUAUUUUUUCGGUUGUUGGACUUUUUUGCUGUAAAUAAAUAAAAAAAAAUAUCAAUAAAAUUUAUGAGAUCGUG